CUGCGGGAGUUCAUUUGCAAGGCUUGGAAUGAGGUUGGAUACGGAGGUGGUGUCAUGUUCUGGAAGCCGCAUCUCGGCGAAGAUAACAGCGACCUCGGCGUGAUGAUUGCCCCUUGCGAUGGGUCUUCUGCUGACAUCCCGGACCCCUGUCCUGUGACUACCCCCAGUCCCGUGACCACUCCUGGUCCUGUGACCGCCCCUGUCACCACUCCCGACCCUGUAGUGCUUAGCAGACAACUUUCCAUUCUCGGCGGCAUCUCCUAA